AUGGACGGCUUUAUCCUCCGCUGCAAUGACCUCCGAUGCCGUGCUCAAACCGAUGGCCGUGCCGUUGUGACUACUUGCAGCGGUCAACGAACUUGUCCAGCAUGCGAUACAACACUCUCCAAACCGGAUGAUGCAGUAAUCACAGUUCUCAACCCAAGUGACGACUACAAGACUAGUGUUCUCAGUGGGCUCAGUCCGAGCAUCAUUAUAGAAAUCUGCACGCGUGGACUUGCCUUCUGGACUUAUCAAGUGACCCAAGAAAUGUCCGUAUUUUAUCAAGAACACCUUGCAAAAUCCUUGCGAGCGCGGGGAACCGAAAUUCAAGGGGAGAAUGAGAAGAUCAUUCGUGAUGCUAAUGAUGAAAUCUCUGCCCUGCGGAAUAAAAUUGCCGGAAUGAGGGUUGUUGAGGAUGAAUUGAGAAGGAAGAAUCAUGAGUUGCUGCAGGGGUGGAGAGAGAAAGCAAGGAAGCUAGCACAGACACAGGAACUCUAUGAUAAACUCAAACGCCGAACCCUAAUAUCUCAAGUGCAGCAAGCUGCUACGGACCAGGCUGAUCAAGCCCUAUAUAUGACUUCUCACCAACCCUCCGAUUCCCGGUACUUCCAAGACUCCCUAAACAAGUCUGCGGGGAACUUUUCCCAACAAAUCCAGCCGAGUCUGGAACCCGAAUACACCCUAACUGGUGCGAAGAUCAGAAAUACCCACGCCCAGGGUGGGAUUGGUCCUGGAGGGAGAGCCGGUCAGUCCUUGCAACGGCCAGGGCGGAGACCCGAUGAUGUCGGUGGCAUGUUCUUGAAUGAUCAAACCCCUUUCUCGUCUACUCCUAUCACCGGCCACGAGCACCGCCAACGUUUGGAUAUCCAAUCUUCAGCUAUACGAUUCCCUGGCGCACAGAGUGAAUACGGUAGGCCCCCUUUGCGGGGGCUUAACGAGAAUACCCGAGGUGGGCGGAUGGGAGAUGGGGGCAAGAAUAGAAGGCUGGAGGUAGAUGAGAAUGGGAGGGUUGUUCUCGACCAACAUUGAUAAGGAAAUUUUCUUGCUCGCCAUGGUGAUGAUUGGGCAUUGAUUUGACCAGCUCUAUGUCAUUCGUUGCUAAGCUGCCUUUUUAUUUUGUGUCUCGGUUAAAAGAAAGGGAUCGUAUGAAAGGAAAAUUUGAUGCACACGAUGUGCUACUUGGCUUA